AUGGCGGCACGCGGUCAAAAUUUUUUGCGGCGAAGCUUGCAAGUUCAUGAAAUAUUAUCUGCUUUGGAGUGUGAGGAGUAUGAUAAUUGUACAGAAAAUAUAAUUUACGUUGAGCCCCCUAUUGAGCAUGCCGAUCAGGUCACUGAUGAAGACAGUGACAAGUCCGACGAGGAGCAUGAUACGACGCGUGCGCGCCGACUGGUGACGGCGGGCCCCCGGCAGGGCCUCCUGCCGGGCCGUCGGGACUCAAGUCCCGAGCGUCCAAUGCCAACGUUU